AAAACGAGGCUGGGUUGCUGGGAUAAACUUUCCUCAACUUUUAGAUCUAUUUCACAAAUCAUGUGUUACUGUUAUUAUAAGUUUUAUCCUAUAUCAACAUUUAUCAAAGCCUUCCUUGGUGCAGAAGAAAAUACUUCAUUAUGGGAUGUGGGAGUAGUACACCAGAUACUAAUGGUGGUCGAAAGUCACCAUCAAAGCAAUCCUCUACAGAUUUGACCACACAACGAAUGGUUCAAUCAAAUACUGCAAUUAAACAACCAUCCCAAGCAAAGGAACAUGUGCAGGAGGAUGACACUAAUGGUGCAGAUGAAGAGAAUCAAGUUAACAAUGAACACCCAGGGAAAGUUCAUACUCAAGAUAUUGAACCAUGUGAUUUGGAUAUGUCAAAAAGUGUUGAAGUAAAUAAAGUUAUUCAAAAUGAGGAACCUGAUAAUGAGCCAAAUUCCUGUCAACUGUACAACAUGGUUGACCAUGCAGAUAAUGCAAUAUCUAAUCAGUCAAUUCAAAUCAACACAGCUGAUGAACCUAGUACAACAGCAUAUGAACACCCAUCAUGUGAUGAUGCUAAACAAAGUGAAUCUAAAUCAUCAAUUGUCAAUGAAAUUUCUAAUAUCCAUGACUCCUCAAAAACAAAUACUGUUGAGCUGAAAUCAAAUAGAACCAUUCUACCCCAUCUUCGUUCACACGGCUCCUGUCGGUCAAUGAACGCAGUGAAGACCGAGCGUGCGAAGAUGAUUCUACUCCCCAUUGAUAAAAAACAUAUCAUAAAUGACAAUUCAAAUACACCAACAUCACAUACCAACUCCAAUGACCAGUUGAAACUUGAAAAGGCUGAAGUGCCUGUUGAAGAUACUAAUACUAAGUCUAUUGAACAUCUUGACAAAUUAGAAACUACUAGUACUACACCUCCAACAGGAGGAUCAGAUGCAGAGACUAUUAUAGUAAAUGAUACAACUCAAGAGGAACUUAACACAAACCAGUCAAAUGAUACAGUUAAAGAGGAACCUAACACAAAUGAUAACACGAAAGAUGAACUUAAUACAAAUAACUCAAAUGAUACAACUGAAGAGGACAUGAACACAAACCAGUCAAAUGAUGCAACUGGCGAGGAAUCAAAAACAAAUCAGUCAAAUGAUACAAUUAAAGAGGAACUUAACACAAUUGAUACUACUAAAGAUGAACUAAACACAAAUAACUCAAAUGAUACUGGAGAGGAACUAAAAGCAAUAGCAAAAAGGCAGCAAGAUUUUGCCUCUGGAAAUAGGUUAAUAUCAGAGUUAGUGAAUGCUGAAGAAUUGCUGAAGCUUGCCAACAAGGAUGUGAGAAGACUAACAUUAUUAAGGGCUCCACCUUACAGACUGAAAUUGAAAGAUCUGUUGAAGAAGUUGGAAUAUUUAACAGAGUUAGACUUGUCUGGUAACAGCAUGGGACCACAGGGCUUUAGGGCUAUAAUGUUUGCUCUUUGUAACAACUCCACAUUGACACACCUCAAUAUAGCAGGAAAUCAGACUGAUACAGAUAGCGCAGCGUCCAUUGGCAAGAUGCUGAGCUGCAAUAAUAGUCUCAUGUACCUGGAUAUAUCAGGAAACAGUCUUGGUAAAGACUUCCUUUCAAGAUCUGUGGCAUCUGGCUUGAAGGUGAACACCUCACUCCAAGUCUUCAAGCUACAAAGUUGUGGGAGUUCGGACUUGACAGCUAUGCUUGAGUCAUUGGUGGAGAAUACAUCACUUCAACAUCUGGAUAUCAGUAGCAAUGCAUUGGUAGAUGGUACAAAAUCUGGCAGACUCAUUGCUGAAAUCAUACUGAGCAAAGCCAGCAGGUUGUGUACCUUAGAGAUGAGGAGCUGUGGGAUAACAGCUGAGGGGAUGUCACAUAUAGGAGAGGCCCUGAAACAUAAUGAAACACUUUCUCUAGUCAAUAUGGGCAGUAAUCAGGGUUCUAGUUUAGCAUCAUUGAUGGAUACUCUCUGUGUUUGCUUGGAGCAUUCAAAGUUGCAGACAGUUCACCUUGAUGACAUGAAAUGUACUGAUGCAUCACCAUGGAAACCAGUUUCAGAAAAAUGUUCAGGUUUGAGCUGUGUAGAAACAUUGGGUUUAUCAAACUGUGGCCUCAAUGAUGACGUCAUGAAAACAUUCUCCACGUGGAUGGGAAACAGCUUAUCUAAACUACGAGAGCUGAACUUAUCAAAUAAUCCAGAACUCACAGAAACUUCAUUGGCAUCAUGGAGAGCUACAGGAACAUCUCUUGAGAAGUUACAAUGGGGUCUAAAUAAUGGUGCCAAAAUUCAACCAAUCCUUGAAUCAUCAUUUACAAAAUUAAAAGAAUUAAACAUUCGUAAGUGCAAGAUGUCGCCACUUGAUGUCUCCACCUUGACACCUAUAGUUCGAGGAGAGAAGAUACAGAUGCUGAAUCUCGAUGGGAUAAAACUUUCUGGAAGUGAUGCUUUAUCUGCCUUAUUAGGGAAAGGAUGUAAUCUUCAUUCUCUCAGCCUAGCAGGAUGUGCCCUGAAUGACAAUGACCUUGCCCCUGUCUCCCAUGCAUUGAAAUCUGGUGUCCCCUUAUUCACCAUCAAGAUGUCAGCCAAUAGGAUCUCAGAUGUUGGUGUAAUCCUGCUGGUGGAAGGCUUGAAGACUUCUCAGAGUCAAACACUGGAAUUGUUAGACUUGGCAAAUAAUAAAAUAGAAGAUGAUGGUUGCGUUCAGUUAGCGGAGUUCUUCAAAUCCCAAUCUCAGUGUAAGAUACACACCCUGCUACUCAACAGUAAUGCUAUAGGUUCAGUAGGAGUGAAAGCUCUUGUUGAAUGUCUACACAAAGAUACAAGUCUCACCAUUCUUCAGCUGAGCAACCAGCGGGCAAGCUUUGAAGAGGAGGAGAUUGAAGAGCUCUUUGAGGCGUUGAGGGUAACUCUUGGAUAUGAGGCAAUCGGGGAGGAUAGCCUGUGUACACUCCCAUACUUGAAACAUGGACUACAACUGCAGUUACUCAAUAUGGGGGGUGAUCCAGGUAGCUUAGGGCGGUCAAUUGACUGUGCAGCAAUUGCAACAGACUACAGGAAGCACAAGCUACCCUUAUUGACAUUCAGCCAUGCACUCCAGAUUGCUGCAUGUUUGAAAGGAAAUGAUACUGGUGAGUGUCUCUUAACUGAGGAGGAAUGGAAUAGUAUAGUAGGCAUGGACAAACGUGCACCAACUUGGUUACAGCUAUGUGAGCACAGAGACAGAGCAGUGUAUCUGUCCAGCCUCCCAGCCAGUGUUACCACACAGAAACUGGAAGGCAUGCUUGAGAUGGAAGCAGAUUGCUCAAUUAAUGAGAUAUGCCUCAUGAAAGACCCAGUGCUUCAGAAGAAUAAUGGGCUUGCUUGGGUUCUCAUGGCUGAUGUUGAUUCUGUUCAUAGAGCAUUGGACUUCUUUAACACAGGACAGGCAGUUAUGUUUGGUCAAGCUUUCACUAUCAGCCACUUGGAGGUUUGUGUAGAUGAUGAAGCUAAUGACUCAGCGGCUGCAGUUGCAAGGAGAGAUAUGGCACAAAGACUUGAGACACGUCGUAAAGAUGAACAAUCCCACAAUGCAUUACUGCUACAGAGUGCUGCAGAGUCAAAGGCUCGUCAUGAGUACCGCGCUCUCCACCCUGCCUAUGCUGAUGGCAGAAUAUGGUAGAUGAACUUGUAAAAAUGGCGAAAACAGUGUUCCCUACAAAAUUAAACUGAGUGGAUAUUUAUUUAAAAAUGGAGGACUUUAAAAUGUCGAGCUGGUGGAAAUUAGAUCUCAGAUUGUAUUCAAGAUAAAGGGAAUUUAUUUAUUUUGUAUGCAGGAUUUAUUUUACAACUGGGUGCUGGCACCAUAACAUUUUCGAAGAAUUACUACUCUACUGAUCCAAUUGAAACAAUAUAUAAAAUUGUCUAUUAUGUCCAAUUUUGUGCCAAAUAUUACUACCUUAAAUUGAAUAAAAAAAUGUUUUUUUAUCAAAAUAA